AUGGCUGCAGAUGCAGAUACAUCCAAGGAUGUAGAUACAUCAUCGGAUGAGAAAGGGGAUGUUGAUGAUUAUAACGUCGAUGAACAGAACGACAUCAGUGACCAUGAAAAUGAUGGUGGAAUUGGAAAAAUUGCUGAGGGCAUCGAAGAACCACAAAAAAAAUACUACGUUGCAGUAAGAAUAAUCGAAAAAGAAAACCGAUUUAGCAAACCAAUGAUUGUCACCAUUGUACGCAAGGAUGUUGAAAGUCCUGAAAGGCGAUACCCUUGCCCAUCUAGCAAAUAUUACAGGUACAGUGAUGCAUUAGCAAAGUUGGCAGACGAAUCUGAUUCUGAAAACGAAGAGGCUGAGAAACAAAAGGAAUCAGAUGAAACACCGAUAAAAUCAAAAAAAUCUCGGUCGCGCCAGGUGCGACCAAACUUCGCCGAUGCUUCGGAUUCAGAAGAUGAAACUUCAAGGAAGCGGAAUCUAGACGACAGUUUUGACCACAAAGCUUACACAGAUGACGAAAGUGAUAUUGGGAAUAAAAAACGUUUGAAGAAUGAUUCAAAAAAAUCUGUUAAAAAUAUACCGGCCAGAAAAGCAAAGAAAACUCGUGGGAAAAAAAAAGAAAAAACUCCAGAUAAGUUAAGUCAACUGGAAAUAAUAAAACGAAAGGCACAAAAAAUUAUCGAUGAUAGAAGCUUAGUUGAUCGUCAGAAAAUUAUCCUUAGUACAGCAUUGCAGAGCUACGAGUUACCUUCUUAUUCUCCUGUACAAAAUGACGACCAAGUCCAAGAUAUUGAUCUACUAAAUAUUACUGAAAAUAUCAAAGAUUUCAAAACUAAGGUACAAGCUUUGGAAAAAGAAGUAAAAUUUAAAGAUGAGGAAAUUGACAAUUUACAAAUUGCCCUUGUAAAGUCCAGAAGUGAACAAUGUGUUGCCAACACAGAAGUAUUGGAAAGUGAAAAGAGAGACUUGCAAGAACAAAUCAAUUACUUACAAACUAGUAGAGGAUACGACAAACUAUUAGAAACUCCAGUGUCUGGUCGUGUUGCACGUAGAAAACUAUUUUCACCGUCUCCAAAAUUAAGUUAUAACAAAAAGAAAAUUGAUUCAAUAGGAUAUGUAGCGCCUCGCGAGAAAGCUCCUAAUAAUUAUCCCGCUACUUCAAGUCCAUUUCUGAAGCCCGGUGAAAUGAUGCCAGAAUUCACUGAUGAAACAGUUGAACCUACUUAUAUAAAUAAUAAUUACUCGCCAAAGCAAACACUGCCAAUGGCUGACGGUACCCCCACAAACAAGAUAUCAACACCUAAUGAUCAAGAAAGUUAUUCUAAACAUAUGAUGUAUGGCUCGCAUAAAGGAGUAAAACGUACCGAUAAGCAUACUAAAAAAAAGAUAAGUCCAAACAAGGAAACAGAAUCUCUACGACAUACAAAACAAUCAAUUACAAGUUAA